AGUCAGUCUGAUACGGCACAUCUCUAUGCACGAUUACUAGUUGUCUUCUUCUUGGUCUGUGGUGCUAGUUGACAAGGUUUUGUGCUUUGGUUUUGUGUCCAUGUCGUCCACGAAGUAGAAGUACCAAUGUGUUUAAAGAUAAUAACUACUUUGGUAUAUUACAACUGAUAAUGGAUUUUUGAAAAUUAGAAAGAUAACAAUAGUUAGCGUCAUGGUUGUAUCACCUCAAAGUCCCUCUCCAGACACCCAAAACACACAAUCUAGAAAACAUAAUAUGGCGUCUAAACAGACGUCAGUAGCUGAUACAAGGACAGAAUUAGCGGAGUUAGUUAAAAGAAAAGCAGAAGUUGCCGAAACUUUAGCAAACUUGGAGCGUCAAAUUUAUGCUUUUGAAGGUUCAUAUUUGGAAGAUACCCAACUGUAUGGGAAUAUCAUUAGAGGAUGGGACAGAUAUCUUACAACCAAUAAAAGUACGAAUUCUAAAGCAGACAAACGUAAUAGGAAAUUUAAAGAAGCGGAAAGAUUGUUUUCUAAGUCAUCAAUUACAUCAAUGGCUGCUGUUAGCGGUCUUGUGGAUCCUGCUGAAACUAAAAAUGAAAGAAACAGUGAAACUGAAUCACAGACAAAUGAGGAUUCAUCAGAUACACAAAUUAGCUCUGGAUUAAAUAUUGGGAAUUUAAAUCACACCACAAUACAUGGAUCAUCUGAGAGUAUUGUAUCUAAGCCAUCAGGAAAGCAACAUACAAACAGUAAUAUGGACAAACCUAUGAGUCAGACAAAACAAAGUGCUACACAAAAAAUUGCAACUUCCUCUGGUAUGCUACAAAAGGCUUUCAAUGAGAGUAAAAUGUUGGCGGCUGUGGGUCUAGAUAGUAGACCUGGAACACCCAAGGACAAAGACCAGACAUUGAGUAUAUUGAAUAAAAAUGACAACACUCCAAAUGCACUUAAACAUAAAAUGUCAAAUAGUAGUUCUAACAGUAGCGUAAAGAAGAGUAACAACAAAAAAGCCAGACAUAGAUAAAUUUGAUUUAUCCUGCAGUUAAGAUUCAUAAUCAUACAUGUUAGAAGAUAAAUUAAUUUGAAAAAUACCUAAUCAGUGCUUUGGUAGUAAUAACAUACUAUAAUGACAAAAUAUAUUCACUUAAAAACUAAAUGAUGAAUCUAUUUCCUUAUAAAACAUAAGUUUGAAUCAAAUUAG